AUGAGCGACGAGGUGGCUUAUAGUUUAUGGAGAUCCCCUGAGAUUGGCUUUUCUAAUUCUAAUUCGGAAGGAAGAUCGGGGGGGAUAAUUACUUUAUGGAAGAAAGAUAGGAUGGAGGUUAUAUAUAGUUUCAAAGGUGAUGGUUUUUUGGGGAUAAAGGUGAGAUGGAAGGAAAAUCUUUACUCUGUUGUGAAUAUAUAUUCUUCUUGCGAUAUUUCCAAGAAGAAAUCCACGUGGGCCGAUUUGCUUGUUUUGAAGAGGAAGUUGCGAUAUGGAGAGUGGAUAAUGGGAGGUGACUUUAAUGCUAUUAAGAACGGGAGGGAGAGGAAAGGAAAGGCGAUCAUGGUUAAUAACAAAGAAGGCGAGCUUUUUGAGGAGUUUAUUUUCUUGAGUGAUUUGGUGAAAAAGUUCUCUUGGUUUAGCGGUGAUGGCAAAACGAAGAGUAGGAUCGACCGAUUUCUUCUAUCGAGUACCGUGGUAAAUAGAUGGGAUGUUAUUGGUCAAAUGAUCGGGGAUAGGAAUAUUUCGGAUCAUUGUCCGAUUUGGAUUAUGUUGGAUAACAAAAAUUGGGGACCAAAACCGUUCAAAUUCAACAAUCAAUGGUUUUCUUCGGAUGCUUUUAUUCCUUUUGUGGAAAAGGAGUGGAGAAGCUUGGAAGUUCAAGGAAGAGGAGAUUUCAUCCUAAAGGAGAAGCUAAGACUUUUUAAAGAUAAACUCAAGAGAUGGAAUAAGGAGGUGUUCAGGAAGAUUGAGUUGGAGGUAGAAGAAGGAGUUCAUGGUAUCAAUGUCGCUGAUGAAAGGUUAGAUUUCACUCCUAUUUCUUCUUCCUUUGACGACGAUCUUGUCCGUAGAAAAGAAGCUUCUUCUAGCUUUUGGAAGAAGUUAAGGAUUAAAGAAAAUAUGCUUUUACAAAGAUCUAGAAUGACUUGGCUUAAGGAGGGGGAUUCGAAUAGUGGUUUCUUUCAUAAAAAGUGA